GUACCAGUUAAUGUAGUGUUUGAGAAGAGUCGGAAAUUUCAAGAAUUCCUCAAAAGUGUGGUUUUUUAUGUACUGAGUGGAUUAUACCUCAAUUACAUUCGAAUUAUGUCAGCUAUUCAAUCAAAACAGAGGGCCUGCAGAUGGAUCUUACGUCAUCAACACAAAUUGAAGCAGGCUAUAAGGGCAUGUUCUCUGCAAGUCAAAGAAGCUCCAAACUGUGAUGCCAUGCCAGCUGAAGAAGCAGACUCAGAGUGCACAUUCAGGUAUGACGAUUUAACAACCAAACUGGCAGAUCCAGGAAGACUACGUGCCAAGCCGGAAGUGUCCGAUCUGAAAUUCGGACAUUUUUUCAGCGAUCACAUGCUGAAAAUACAGUACCACCGAAAACUAGGAGGCUGGCAGAAGCCUGUCAUAACUCCCUUCGAAAACCUGAGCAUCCAUCCUGCAGCUAGAGUUCUUCACUAUGCAAUUCAGCUUUUUGAAGGCACGAAAGUCUAUAGAGGAGCGGACGGCAAACUCAGAUGGUUCAGACCGGACCUCAAUAUGAUUCGGAUGAACAGAUCGGCGGAGAUGAUCGGUUUGCCGACGUUCAUCGGCACAGAACUGAUCAAGUGCAUAAAGAGGCUGGUCCAGAUUGAUCAGGAAUGGGUGCCGCAUAGCGAACAAGCCAGCCUCUACAUUCGCCCUUCUAUGAUUGGAAUUGACGGCACUUUAGGAGUGGCCCAGAGCGAAUCGGCCCUCCUCUACGCCAUCCUGUGCCCCGUGGGGCCAUAUUGGGCGGCUGGGGAAGAAGACUCAGUCUCUCUGCUGGCCGACCCCCGGUAUGCCAGGGCGUGGCCGGGGGGGUGCGGCAGCAGCAAACUGGGGUCCAACUACGGCCCCACCAUCCGAGUGCAGAGCUACGCCAACAAGCGGGGGCUGCAGCAGGUGCUGUGGCUGUACGGGCCGCAACACUACGUCACUGAGGUGGGGACGAUGAACAUUUUUAUGGUUUACUUGGACGACAACGGAGAAAAAGUUCUGGUCACUCCACCACUCAAUGAACUCAUUCUUCCUGGGGUGGUACGGCAUUCCAUCCUUGAACUAGCGAGACUGUGGAAAGAAUGUAGGGUCGAGGAACGUAUGUUCACCAUGGCUGAACUACUGAAGUACCAAAGAUCUGGGAGGCUUUUGGAAUUCUUCGGUGCUGGUACAGCUUGUAUCGUCACACCUGUCACCUCCAUCGAGUAUAUGGGCGAAUCGAUUCGGAUCCCGUCGAAAGACCAUCCCAAUCCCAUGUACCAAAAACUGAGGGACUAUCUCGCAGCCAUUCAGUACGGACACAUAGAACAUCCUUGGUGCAUAGUUAUAGACUAGAAGUUCUAGUGUUCGUCGUAACGGUCGUUUAUUCUGUCAUAAGAAGAUUACUAUUUCAAAUCGAUCGCUUAUAGUCCGCAUAUUAUUUCAAGGACUUCCAUCUGGUAAUGGGCUAUUGGACUAUUUUCCUUGUUUUGAUAGAGUCAUUAUUUAAUCUUUCAAACUUUUCGGUCGAUUUUAAAGUGCUGAAAUCACCAAUAUUGUCACCUUAAUUUUGAAACGGCUAGAAAUCUAACGCAAAUGAAAACUGACGUCAGGAUUUCGUAAAUAGGGCAGGCUAUAGCACACUUGCCAUUAAUGUUGAAAUACGAAUGGAAACUUCAAAAAUAUUAUUUAUUUAAUAAUUCAUAAUAUCUCAAUUAUAUAUUAGUAAUAUCCAUGAUGUUAUUCCAGAUUUUUUGGGAUGUUCUGUCUCAGUAUGGACAAAAGAACAAGAGUAUAAUAUGAAGUGAAGACAUAUCGAUAAAAAUAAAAGCUUACUCAACAUAUUCUUAUUGGCAUUAUGGCAGAGUGGAAUGAUAUUGGAAUCAUAUAGGAACGGAAGAUAAGAACCAAAAGGAAAAAAUCAAGGAAUCCACUUGCAUUCCUCUGAACGGAGACAAUAGCAUUGCUUCUUGUUCAGUUGGUAAACAGUGUGUCCCGCUUUUCACGAAUACACCCAGAUAUCUCAGUUAUUAAUGAUGCUAUUCUCUUGAAAUUUUAGUGGUGAUUAAUAUCAUGGCUUCCUUCUAAUAGGUCAAAUGAAAUAUUUCAUCUGAAUGUAGUUUCAUUCAACUAUAGGGUUCUAACAACUUUUUGAUAACUUGAUUAUAAUUAGCGGUCUGACAACCUUGCUCCAUGAGUGGGAAUGGAGGAUUAUCUAACCAAUAAUGAAACAGCAAUGAAACAGCAAUGAGACAGCCAAAUGGCGGCCAUGCAUUCUCUACCAGUCCAGUAGCCCAUUCUGGUUCUUCUUUGCUCUUUAAAAGCGACAGGUUCGUACUUGUAAAUUAUUUAGUUUAAUUUUCGGAUCACAAUUAGCUUUUCGGACUAUUUGCAGUUAUUCUCAAAUUAGAUAGGUACAUUCUGGUUAUUCUUGAGGAAGUUUUACAUAACUAUGAUGUCCCAAAGGAAGAUAGAAAAUAAUAGUGAUCUAGUAAUCUAGUAGUGUAUUAUCACUCAAUGGUAAGUUCAUGAAUGUGGUCGUGGCUUAUUCUCCGGAUUUCUAAUGGGAUCUGUCAAAAAUCUUUGUGGUAAAUAUAUUUGAGAAUGAAAAUCCGUGUUAGUCAAUUCAAAGAAAAUUGAAGUUGGAUUCAGGUUUCAUCACGAAUACUUGAAAGUUUUUGCGAAAUGAUUCAUUCAUUGUGGAUUUUUCACAGAUUCCAUUUUUAUCACCUACCAGAUAUAUUUUAUCCAGUAUUAUCAAGAAACUGGUAGGUGCCUUGAUAUCGAGUUGGUGAAGUAUCACAAUUAUUACUUUUUAUAAUUAUAAUUGUAUGUCUAGUUUAGGGUAUGAAUGAAUGAAACUCAUGUAAUAUGCUCCAUCCUUGAUACUUGAGUGAACUUGUAUUGUUAUUUCUCAUCUAGUUAUUAUUUUAUAUGUUGAUGAUGAUUGAUGACAUACUUCUUGUUAUACUAUAAGAAGUAUUCCAUAUAAAAAUAAAUAGCGAUAAGAUUUAUAUCUUGGAAUUCUAGAAAAUUAUCUAUUCCAAGAUGGUUGAAUGUUUCAUAUUAGCCUAUAAUAGUACAAAUAAAUAAUAAAUAUUUC